AUGAAAUCUUUGGUUGAAUUGAUUGGUGAUUUAAUUUCAACUGUCUUUAAAUAUGUAGGAAGAGUCACCACAUCUUGUUUUGUUGGCUCCGCAGGGGGGCAUGGAAGGACAGGUCGUGAUGUUUUGGUGGCACUCACCAUUCCAGCAGGUGUAGUUGUAGUUGGGGAGCGGACAUGCAUUGUUGACUGGACAGUUGUUGGCCGAGUCGACGCAUCUGUUUGGCUCGGAUGGACACUGGAAGCGCGAGCAGUUGGAAAACUUGACGGCGAUGAGUCGGUUGUCGCAGAGAAAGGUGUAGUCGGAGCUGUUGCCAACGACCGUGUCGUCGCAGAGGAUGGCCUGGUCGGGACUAUAGACGAUGGUGUAGAGUGUGUUGUUUUGGCCGGCUGUCUCAAUAUUGACACGGGUCUCGGUGCUGAGAGAGAGGCCGCCAGAUCCAACCGUGACAGUUGA